UGCCUAAUAACUUGGCGGGGGAACGUGGAAAGGGUAUUUACUAUUUUAUUAACUCUAAUGUUUUCCUAUUCUCAACUAAAAUCUAGAUAAGAAAAAAAAAUUUAAAAAUGUUUUACAAAUGUUUAGAAAAUAAUUUGACAAGAGUAUUUAUAACUCGAUAAUUUUAUUGAACACUUGUUUUUCAUCAUAAUAUAAUUUUCAUUAGUGCAUUUUGUUGUUGCGAUUUUACUAACAAUAAGUAAUAACAACAAACAUGAAUACCGAAGACACAAUAAUACAUACAAAUUCAAUGGCAUCCACAACAAUACCAAUAUCAUCACCAACGUCAACAGGAAUAAUCAACACAGAGUCAGCUGAAUCAAUAGCUUCGAAUAACAUCAUUGCGUCUACGACCGAAAACAACAUAAAUGUCACGCCAAUGGAGACAAAUGAUGGAAUACGAUUAGUGCCUCAACUACAACCACAGACUCGACCCCAGUCUCAGCCUCAACCAUUGUCUGAACUUCAAUCUCAGCCUAUGGAAACUGAACCUACAGCUAUGCCUACUCCUUCUGUACCAACUGUAACUCCCCUGUCUACGAUUACACCAACAACAUCUCCUAUGCCGAAUAAGCCCACAUUUUCCCAAACGACUAGCCAACAACAAAAUGAUACCAAACAACCAACAGUUGUUAAAAAUGUGAACAGUUUAGAUACUGCUGCACUAUUAACGAAAACUAGAUUACGUGAACUUGUAAAAGAAGUUGACCCUAAUGAACAAUUAGAAGAAGACGUAGAAGAUCUAUUAUUGCAACUGUCCGAUGACUUUGUCGAUGAAUUAGUCAAAGCCGCUUGUGCUUUUGCCAAACAUAGAAAAUCAAAUAUGAUUGAAGUAAAAGACGUUCAAUUAUAUUUAGAGCGGUAUUUAAAUAUGUGGAUACCUGGUUUUGGUACAGACGAAUUAAGAGCUUACAAGAAAGCACCAAUCACCGAAGCACACAAACAACGAACUGCGCUCAUUAAAAAAGUAGCAAAUAAAAAAUACUAAAAUUAAUAUAGAAAAAUUAUUUCAUAAUAAAAAAUUUUAAAAUUAAAGACUUUGUUAUUUAUGUUAUAAAUGAUCAAAAUCAAUAUAUUUAAAUUAAUAAAUUAAUUUAAAAAACAUCAAAAACGAUUGUACCUUAUAAUUAUUAAGAAUAUCUAUAUUUUUUUACUAAAAUUUAAUGUGAAUAAAUUAGAAAUUGGCCGUGUA